UUUCCGCAGCAACAGGGAAAAGAUGGCAGCCCUCGCCACCCUCACUCAGCUGUCAAGCGGGAACCCUGUAUAUGAAAGCUUUUACAGACAGGUGGACCCAGGAAACACUGGGAGGGUUGGACCCACAGAGGCUGCUAUGUUCUUGAAAAAAUCCGGUCUGCCAGAUAUCACUUUGGGGAAGAUAUGGGAUUUUGCAGAUCCAGAUGGCAAAGGUUUCUUGGAUAAACAGGGAUUUUAUGUCGCACUGCGACUCGUGGCUUGUGCACAGAGUGGGCAUGACAUCAGUCUCAACAGUUUAAACCUCUCUGUUCCUCCUCCUAAAUUUAAGGAUCACAGCAGCCCAUCGCUAAGUUCUGUAACAUCAUCCAGUGAAAGUCACUGGGCGGUACGGCAAGAGGAAAAGAGCAAGUUUGAUGGCAUUUUCGAAAGUCUUGCUCCAGUAAAUGGAUUACUGUCCGGUGAGAAAGUCAAACCCGUCCUAAUAAACUCCAAACUACCUGUGGAUGUCCUUGGAAAGGUGUGGGAUUUAAGUGAUAUAGACAAAGAUGGACACUUGGACAAGGAUGAGUUUGCAGUGGCUAUGCACCUGGUGUACCGCGCCCUGGAGAAAGAGCCUGUGCCCUCGGUUCUGCCCUCCUCCCUCAUCCCUCCAUCCAAAAGGAAGAAAUCAUCAGGUUCGCUGUCUGGCAUGGUGCCAGCGUUGCCAGGCAGCCCGCCGCCACCAAAAGACAGCCUGCGGUCCACUCCCUCUCACGGGAGCAUGAACUCCCUCAACAGUGCUGGGAGCUUGUCCCCGAAACACACCCUCAAAUCCUCACAGCAUUCUGUAAAUUGGGUGGUGCCAGUUGCAGACAGGGGGCGCUAUGAUGACAUCUUUCUCAAAACCGACAUGGACCUUGACGGUUUCGUCAGCGGCCAAGAAGUAAAAGACAUCUUCAUGCAGUCUGGGCUUCAUCAGAACGUCCUGGCACAUAUCUGGGCAUUAGCGGACACCAGACAAAUGGGCAAACUGACGCGUGAGCAGUUUUCCCUGGCCAUGCAUCUGAUUCAGCUCAAAGUGAGCAAAGGCUUGGACCCUCCACAGGCUCUGACUCCAGACAUGAUACCCCCCUCUGAACGCGGCACGCCGGGGCCUAGUCUAUCAGGAUAUAUGACACCAGUGAGCUCUGAGAUGGCUGCAUUGACUGAGAUGCGCAGGGACAGCUCCAGUUCGGUGGGGUCUGGAGAGUUCACUGGGAUCAAAGAACUGGACGAUAUAAGCCAGGAGAUCGCACAGCUGCAGAGUACUCUUGCUUUCACACACUGGGAGACGCUCAGAGAGAAAUACACAUUGGAACAGGACAUCAGAGAAGCAGAAGAGGCCAUUAGACACAAAACCACAGAGGUUCAGGACAUGCAGAAUGAUCUGGACCGAGAGACAUCCAGCCUCCAAGAACUUGAGGCCCAGAAGCAGGAUGCCCAAGACCGACUGGAGGAGAUGGACCAGCAGAAGGCGAAGCUGGAAGACAUGCUCAACGACGUACGGCAGAAGUGUCAGGAAGAGUCGCAAAUGAUCUCAUCUUUACAGAGUCAGAUCCACUCCCAGGAGUCAGACCUGCUGAGCCAAGAGGAGGAACUGGGCCGGGCCAAGGCCGAUCUGAGCCGCCUGCAGCAGGAGGAGGCCCAGCUAGAGCAAAGCUUACAAGCUGGCAGGAUUCAGCUUGAAACCAUCAUCAAGUCUCUCAAAGCCACACAAGAUGAGAUUAACCAGGCUCGCAGCAAACUGUCUCAAAUUCAGGACAGCCAGCACGAGAUCAGCAAGAGUAUCGAGCAGUACAGCAGCACCCUGAAUGGGACUCACGGGGGCAGCAUGACCAACCUGGCCGACAUGAGCGAAGGCUUCCCAGAGAAGGAGAACGGAGGAUUCGGGGCCAUGGAGGACCCCUUCAAGGUGAAGACCACUGUGUUCAACAGCGCCCCUCAGGAGAUGCACACAGACCCAUUCCAGUCUGAGGACCCUUUUAAAACAGACCCAUUUAAAGGUGAUCCUUUCCAGAACGACCCUUUCUCAAAGCAGACCUCCACCGUUGCAGAUCCAUUCGGAGGAGAUCCUUUUAAAGAGUCCGACCCAUUCAGGACGUCCUCGGAAGAUUUCUUCAAGAAGCCCUCCAAGCCAGACCCUUUCACCAACUCCGAUCCUUUUAGCAAAAGUGCCACUCUUCCCUCCAAGGCUCAUCACUUCCCGGGAAAUGACCCGUUUAGCUCCACCAGUCCCAAACCAAAAGGCCAAGCCGAUUUCUUUGGUACUUUGGAUCCAUUCGGAAGCAGUUCCUUCGGCAGUAACAGCGGAUUCGCAGACUUCAGCCAAAUGUCAAAGGGCUUUGUCGAUGACCCCUUCAGCCGAACGCAAGACAUGCCGGCCCUACCGCCCAAAAAAACCAUACCGCCACGGCCCAAACCACCCAGCGGUAAGAGCACUCCAGUAAACGUCCCCGGACCCACAGAUUCACCCAAGACGGCGGAUCCCUUCCAGCCCUUCGGCAGCGACCCCGGCGAUCCGUUUCAGAGUAAAAAGGGAGAUCCGUUUAGUGGCAAAGACCCAUUUGGUCCACCUGCUUCAAGUAAAGCCUCUAAAGACUCUACAUUGGGUUUUGCAGACUUCAGCUCUGAACUGAGCGUAAUAAGUUUGGGAAUGAAGCCCAGCAGAUGGAGUGGGCAAAGCGAGAAAGCGAAAGGGCGGAACGAGAGCGGCUAAAGAGACUUCGACAGCAGGAACAGGAAGAUCUGGAGCUGGCCAUUGCUCUUAGCAAAGCUGAGAUGUCCAAUGCAUGAUUGUUCACCACCUCCUCACCUUGGAUCCACCCUCUCUGUACACUACAGCAUCGUGUGUGUGUGUGUGUGUGUGUGUGUGUGUGUGUGUGUGUGUGUGUGUGUGUGUGUGUGUGUGUGUGUGUGUGAAUAGUUGAACGUAAAAUAAGUUGGCAGGUCCUUGACAAUUAAAACCUCUAUCCUGAUGUGUUCGUGUGGGGGGGCGGUCUUUAGUUUGUGAAUCGGCUUAUUCACUUAACAUGCAUUGCAUGUUUCUCAGAUGGAGUUUAUUUAAAGCUUAUUGAAGUGUGUGUGGAUGCGUGUGAAUGUAAUCGUGAGCCAUGGAUGUUUAAGGCCAUUGUUGGUCUAUAGAUCUCAUUAUCGCCACUGUUUCUCAAAAUCGCUCUAUUUGGCGGGACUAGUAAACCACAAGCAAGUUAGUGAAGUUUAAAUGGGGUUCGAUCCUAGAAAGGGUCGACCCACAACUUGAAUUACUGUGACUACACUCCCUACCAUCAUCGAGCAAGGCACUUAAUUCCAGGUUUCUCCUGGGGAACUGAACUCAAUUGUAGUAUGCAUACAGUACGUCGAUUUGGAUAAAGACCGUCUGCCUAAAUAAUAAGUUACUGGCUUUAGCUAUAGUCAGUAUGGUACACACUGGAAUUACAGCAGCGUCUAGCAGACUAAAUGUCUGAAAGGUACUCUUGAGGUGACGUAAAGCUGAAUAACCCGCAUUGUGAAUCUCUGUUAUAUGUAAGUGUCAUUUGAAAGCACUGUUUGAGCAAACUGAACGUGUCUGGGUUUCUUUUAACGUACGUUCUUUUAACGUACCCUGAAUCAAUUUGAGCAAAACAUUUAGCAGACUGCACUGAUAUACUUUUAUUUCCCGAAGUGUUAUAAAAGAUCUAGCUAGGUUGUGCCGAUGCCUAUGUGAGGGAUCAAAUAAUUUUAUCUAUUUGCUAUUUAGAUUUAUUGCUAUUUGCAAUUUGGUAUGGUGAUACGCAAUUGCUAACAAAUUAAUCGAUUAGUCGAUGCACAAUCCUGUGGUGGUUCAAACUUGUAACGUUGAAUAUCUAAAGCGAAAUCGCGAGUGGACCCAGACAGGAUACGUAGGGGUUACCUCACAAUUCCGAUUUAUGUAAUUGAUUGAUGUGAUCAAAUACUUUUAGUGAUAGCUGUAAGCACAAUCAUAUUAGUGAGAUAUUCAAUAAAACACAUAGGAGGUCAAACUUUGUGAACGAUUACGCACAUUUGGCGCGAUUAAAAAUGUACGUUAUGGUAAUUAGGUAAUUUGCAGUAAGCUAAUCCCUAAAUUUUAAUCAGUGAAUUGGAUGCUGCUUUAUGGAUAUGUUUUGUUGAUGGUAUUUGGAAUAUUCAAAACGUUACGAUUUAGUUUACUUAAUACUUUAUAUAAAUGUUUUAAACAUACAAAUAACUGGUACUAUAACAUGUGUCCAAUCUCAAAAUGUUUGAAUAGCAUUGCGAGUAACUCCUGAGUGUGUGAUGUGGUCAAUGAUUAUGGGUAAAAUUAUUAAUGCUCGGCGUCCAAUGUUUUGGACACAAAUGUGAGUGUAUUGUUAAAUGAACAACUGUGAUGUUUCCCUGUCAUCUUUUUGUCAUGUUUUUAAACCUCUUGUCAUCUUUGUUUUUGUGUUGAAAUCAGCUUGUGUUUUGGCGCGCAUAGCUCUUCAGCGUUUGUCAUGUUAGUGUUACAUUCAACAGUGUUAUUUUAAUAAACAUGUAACGUGUAUGUCCUUGGGACCUAGUUUACAUUGAAACUAUAUUAAGUGGUGUUUUUUUGCAAGAAACCCAACCUGGAUCGAGCCUACUUGAUUUUAGUAGUACACUAAUUUCAAACUAAGUGUGUAUCAGUUCAGUAACGUAUGUUACAACAAAACUGUAACUUUACAGAUGAAGCCUAUUCUCUGUUUACAAUGACAUAACAGGCCUACUUUGUAUUUUGCCGUUACGAAAAGUUUGUGUUUUUAUCCAUUUCGUUAGAAUUUCUUAUGCUGUGUUUGUACUUUAUACCUCCAUUGUGCAAUAGUUUGUAUAUUACCUGUAAAUUCAUUUCAAGUUUUCAUAUCAUUUUAUUUUCCAUGUCAUUUAUUUUUUUAACAAUUAAAGUAUUUUUUGUUUAUGUGUCAUAAUUUAGGGCUUACAUGUCCUGCUAAACUGAAGCUGAACGCAUUCCUUGUCAGCCUGCCUUUAACCCUCACAUGUGUAGAUAAGACAGAUAUUAACCUGAUAGAGAAAUGCAUAAAAAACUAUACGGAAGCCAUGUAUAUUGUGUUAUUUUUGUCCUAUGUAACAUAAGUAACUGCACAUGUGUAAUCCGACACAUUUUAAGGAUUUCAGAGUGCAUUGAUAAAGAUUAGUCAUGCUUGGAUUUCUUCGGAAACGCUCACGCUCGGUACGUUAUUGUCCCUUGAUUUCGCGGAAUAAAGAGAAGAUAACAUUU